AUGAGCGGAGAUGAACACCGAAAGUGGGGAACGGCGGCUCCUCUAGCAGCAGAGGAGGAAGGAGAAGGACGUUUUGAGAGCUCGGUGAAUGCGGUGCCGUUUUGUUUGGUGGCGACCGCGGUUUUAAUCUCCAUCUUCCUCUUAUUGGCUCUUUUUGAGAGGUUCAUGUUCAUUCGACCGACUUCAUCUACAGCUUCCGACCAAAAGCUUCCUCAUUUUGCUUCCCCAAAGAUGGGUGUUUGUGAUAGAGAAAUAUCAGUGUUGAUGCCCGGAGAAAAGGUUCCAACGUUCAUUGCUCAGCCAUGUCCUCCUUUGUCAUCAAGAUCAUUCUAA